AGAUUGUGUGUGUGUGUAUAUAUAUGUAUAUAUACGUGAUAGGAGAUGACUGUAAGGAACGAAGCUAACUAGUGGCACCAAAAAAAUAUGGCCCAAAAAGAGAUGAGGGUUGGUAAAUCAGAGAAGGGGAUACGAGGGAGGCUAGUUCUAUAUGCAACUCAAAUACUUUGUGCUUUUUUUCUUUUCCAUUUGCUUUACACGGAGCUCACCUUUAAGGGUACUCCAUCUCAACAAAUAAAAUUGGAUAUUGUAGUUACAGGAAGGCAAAUCUUGUUAGACUCAAAGCCUGUUGUGAGUUCUGAAGUUAAGAAGUAUGUGAGUUCUGAAAUUAAGAAGGAUGUGGGUUCUGAAGUUAAGAUUAAGGAUGAUCAUAAUCAGUCUUUGCAAUAUCUUUUAACAAGACUAGUAGGAGGUGAAGAUCGAACCAAACUUGACUCAACAGGCUUUGCAUGUGAUAACACUUCAUGGUCAAUAGUUUGUGUCACAAACAAACCGGUCAAAAUAGAUAUGAGCACAAUGCAUGUACACCUUCAACCAUCAAAUGCUGCUAAUAACAGCACCACAAUUAUCCGCCCAUAUUCCAUGCAAGAAAGCCCCUACGUUAUGAACUACAUUACUCCGGUGACCAUCACAACUGCUGCGCCACCACGGCCUACUUGUGACCACAACCACGAACAUCCCGCUGUGAUCUUUUCUACUGGCGGAUACACCGGAAACCUAUUCCAUGAGUUUAACGAAAACAUUAUUCCUUUGUUCAUCACCACUCGCCUUUUAAGAUCGCGUGUACACUUUGUUGUUGUCGAUUACAAGCCUUCGUUUAUUCAAAAAUAUAGGCGUGUGUUCCCGCGCUUAUCGGGCCAUGAGAUCAUAAACACGGCAGAGGAUUCGAGCGUGCAUUGCUUUCCUGGAGCUAUAACCGGUUUGAAAUUUCAUAAAUUUCUAGGGUUGAACUCAUCUGAAAAUCCACAGGGUUACUAUUCAAUGGCGGAUUUCAGACACUUCAUCAGACAAACAUAUAAACUGAAAAACAAAAGCGUUUUCAAUAUGCAAAACCCGCCCAUAUUACUUCUAAUUUCCCGCCAAAGAACAAGAAAGUUCUUAAAUCAAGACAAGAUGGUAAAGAUGAUGGAAGAAUUAGGGUUUCGAGUGAUCAUUGCUAGCUCGGAUAAAAUAAUGUCUAACAUUGAGAAAUUUUCACAUGUGAUAAACUCAUGUAGUGUUAUGAUGGGGGCUCAUGGAGCCGGUCUAGCCAACGAGCUAUUUUUGCCUGAUGGAGCCGUUAUGAUACAAGUUAGACCACUAGGGUUUCAGUAUGGAGUUGAUGCAUUUUAUAGUGAACCAGGUCCGGGCAUGGGUUUAAAGUAUUUGGAGUAUAGGAUCGAACCGGAGGAGAGUUCGUUAGCUGACGUGUAUGGUCUUGAUCACCCAGUGGUUGCGGAUACAGCGUCAGUAGCGGCUAAGGGUGGCUACGCGGCGGCGCGUGAGAUGUAUUUAAAUAAACAAGAUUUGAGAUUGAAUUUAAACAGAUUUAGAGCGACAUUAGUUGAAACGUUAGGGUUUAUUGGACAUCAUAAAGAUGUUGCGAAUGCUUGAUAAGUUAAGUUUUCAUAGGGUUUAAAGUUAUGUUUAGAAUAUUAGCAAACAUUAAAAGGUUGAAUAUUGCUACUAAAUAGAAUAUUUGAUUGUUGUAAA